AUGAAGGGAUUAGCUCGCUCCUUCGUCUUUUGGCCAGGUAUAGAUGCAGAUAUCGAGGCCAACGUGAAAGCAUGCACAGAUUGCGGAAAGCAUGCACACGCACCACCGGAGUAUCGUCCGGUCGCAGGUGUAAUGAUGUUGAUUAUCGUGGACGCUUAUAGCAAAUGGCUAGAAGUAAAAGUGACAAGUUCUACGACAUCGCAUGCAACUAUCAGAAUUCUAGAUAAAUUGUUUGCAGCCUACGGCGUUCCAAUUACAGUCGUGUCCGAUAACGGCACUCAGUUCACGUCAGCGGAAUUCAAAAAAUUCCUUCAGUCAAGAGGAGUCAAAUAUCACAAAUUAACGGCUCCAUACCACCCCGCAACGAAUGGCCAAGCCCAGCGCUACGUUCAGACCGUCAAAGAUGCACUCAAGGCUAUAGCGACUACCAAGGACACGUUGCAACAAAAUCUCAACGAAUUCUUGCGACAGUAUCGCAAAGCUCCGUACACAACCACGGGUCAACCUCCUUCGCAGCUGUUCUUAGGACGGAACCUGCGCACCCGCCUAGAUUUGGUGCGACCCGGCAAGAAUACUGUUGCAAAGACAGACAGGCCUCAAAGACAAUUGAGCUCGUAUAUUCCUGGAGUUAUUGCAGUUCGGCUAGGAGAUCUCCACUAUGAGAUCGAGUACAAUGGUCGACGCUUUAAGAGGCAUGUUGACCAACUCAGAAGCCGUCAAGAAGAGCAGAAAACGAAAAGGCAACCAGGGUCUACUGAGAUGACCAGCCAAAAUGCAAAAGACCAGGAUCGAUCGCGACGUAUCCGUUAUCACGGGGCGAUUGGAGAAACAGCAGCAACCCAACCUGUUACUGCACCGGUAGCACCUCCAGUCAACGUUCCGGCCCAGACAACGCCUCCGCCUGCACCCACUUCGGCGCCGACACCGCGCCACUCUCAGCGACCGCGUCGACCCCCGGACAGAUACACCCCAUCUUAA